AUGAAGCCCGGCGGCGGCGGUGGUCGUGAGUUAUCGGCGUGGGUGAGGAAGGGCCCGUGGACGGCGGAGGAGGACGAGGUGCUGCGGCGGCACGUCCUGGAGAACGGGCCCCGGGAGUGGAGCUCCAUUCGAUCCAAAGGCCUCCUCCCGCGCACCGGCAAGUCCUGCCGCCUCCGCUGGGUCAACAAGCUCCGCCCGGACAUCAAGAAGGGCUGCAAGUUCUCGGCGGAGGAGGAGCGCGUGGUGAUCGACCUGCAGGCGCAGUUCGGCAACAAGUGGGCUAGGAUCGCCACGUACCUGUCCGGCCGCACGGACAACGACGUCAAGAACUUCUGGAGCACGCGGCAGAAGCGCCUGGCGAGGCUCCUGCGUGCGCCGGCGCCACGCCGGAGGCCCCGCGGCAGCGGCAGGCAGAGCUGCGGCGGCGCUUCGUUCUCUUACGCCCGUGCCUCGCCCGCUCAGAAGGUGACUGUGACUACUCACUACUGCCUGCACUGCACUUUGCAGCUUCUCUGUCAGAGCCCGUGCCAGGACAUGAUCCCCUUCGUGGAGACGAAGCCGCAACUGCUCCACACCGGCGGUCAAAGCAGCAGCAGGCAGGAGGACCAGGAGCCAGGCCCACGCACGGUGAAGGCUCUCGCCAUCGCGCUGCCCACGCACUACGACAGCGCAUCGGAGUUCGGUUCGUCCGGUGCCACCCCGACGGCGGCCACUCGUCUGCUCUCGUUCGGCGACGACGCCAGGAGCCCGGCCUCCGGCGUGGACCCGCUGGUGUUCGUCGACCCCGACGACGACGAGGCCUUCUGCCCGGAGCCGCUGGCGGUGGUGCCGCCGAGCCCGUUCUUCGGCAUGGACGAGGAGGAGUACGUGCACUUCGGGGCGUCGAUGCACCAGGGCGUGCGCUUCGACGACCUCACGCCGGAGACGCUCGACUUCUUCGGCCUCCCUCCGUCCGCCCAGCCGUAG